GGCCAUUGAUUUAGAUUUCUCUCAUUCCACAUUGCCAGUCGUUCCUUUACACAUCUCUCUUUACUUGCAGCACAUUGCGUACAUAUUUAUUUAUACAAAGCCUUAUUCUUCUUGGAACUAUAUCAAGAUCACCAACAAUAUACCAACAUGAAUGGCUUCGUCUUCCUGUUGUACUACAUAGUAAUCCUGGGUGCACUAUUGUGUGGAGCUCAAACUACCCCAGGAACAACUAAUGAUAAUGUUACGAGUAUUACUUCCAACUACUCCACUGCUCCAGCUUCUGAGGCAUCACCCCCAGCUGAUCCCACCAGUGUUGCCAGCAGUGUUGCCAGCACCGUGUCACCUACAACAGUCUCACCUUCACCUGGCCCACAGCCCACCACCACCACCACCACUUCCUCCACCACACCUAUCGCUGUGUUUUACAAGAAAGAAUGUCUUCCGGUAUACAUGGUGGCUGGCGGACUGAUCAUAGCCUGCGCUAUUCUGCUGCUUUCCACUCUGUUUCUGAUGUGUAAGGUGUGCCAGUUGAGCAAACGCGUCAAGAUGCUGAGCGACAACGCCGACCUGAUCAGCACCUCUGAAUACUGGAUGGGAACCGCCAAGAGGAACAAAAGCGCGUCAGAGACGGAAGUCAAAGAGACCACCGUGUUGAUGGCUGACAUCGCUCAAACACAGGAAGAGAUGGGCAACGGUACCACCAAGGAGGAAGGAGGGAACAAGGAUGGCCCAACGGGAGAGGAGAAGGAGGUGGGAGACGCUGCAAAGAGUGAGGAAGCUUCAAAUGUAACCGUCGCUGAAAAUGCAUCAAAGCCACAAGAGGAGGCCGCUGAUUCCCAGUCCACCAAAGCUGUAGCAGCCUCCACCGCGAACGGCAAAGAGGAACCGAAGGAUGUGGUGUAGAGUUGUGUGUGUGUGAUGCCAAAGAGCUUCCUGAGCACCUGCCUUUACUUUCCUAUAGCUUUACAAACCCUUUACAGUAAAUAAAGGACACUGUUUUCAGCAGCUUUUGCUUUGCAGUAACUUAGCGUGCUGCCAAAACUGUAUUUCUCUGUUAUUUGUGUGUUUUUUUUAUAUUAAAAUAUAUUAAUAUUGUAAUA